AUGCGGAUCACCCGGAUCUGCACCGUGCUCUUCACGGCAACCUCAGCCGUCGCCGUCGGUGUAAAUCCUUUGCCGGCACCGCGCGAGAUCUCCUGGGGUUCCUCCGGUCCCAAAUCCGUCGCUGGGGAGCUGCAGCUGCGCAUUGAAACUGACACGCAGCAUGGUAUUGUGGCCGAUGCAUGGGAUCGUGCAUGGGAAACCAUAGUCGCUUUGCGAUGGGUCCCCGCUGCCACAGAAGCUCCCAUCUCCUCCUUCGAACCUUUCCCAACCCCCACAGCGGGCGCUUCCAGAAAAGCGAAGCGCGCCUCAAAUUCGCUGCAAUAUGUGAACGUUCACGUCAACGACACUGAGGCCGAUCUUCAGCACGGCGUUGAUGAGUCUUACACGAUCGAUGUCAAGGAGGAUUCGGAUAGCAUUACGAUUAACGCCCAGACCGUCUGGGGUGCUCUGCAUGCAUUCACCACUCUCCAACAGCUGGUCAUAUCCGAUGGCCACGGCGGUUUGAUUAUUGAAGAGCCAGUCAGCAUUAAAGAUUCUCCGCUUUAUCCCUACCGUGGAAUUAUGCUUGAUACAGGUCGUAAUUUCAUCACUCUGCCGAAAAUUUUCGAACAGUUGGAGGGUAUGGCCCUUUCGAAGCUCAAUGUAUUACACUGGCACAUUGACGACGCGCAAUCUUGGCCUAUCUGGGUGGACGCUUAUCCCGAGAUGGUCAAAGACGCUUACUCGCCCCAUGAGAUUUACUCGCGCAAUGAUGUCCGCAACAUUGUCAAUUAUGCUCGAGCUCGUGGUAUCCGUGUGAUCCCCGAAAUUGACAUGCCAAGUCACUCCUCGUCCGGCUGGAAGCAAGUUGACCCCGAAAUGGUUACUUGCACGGACUCCUGGUGGUCCAAUGAUGACUGGCCUCUCCAUACCGCUGUUGAGCCAAACCCGGGCCAGCUUGACAUCAUCUACAACAAAACCUACGAGGUCGUUGGCAAUGUCUACAAGGAACUGUCGGACAUCUUCCCUGACCAUUGGUUCCACGUCGGAGGAGACGAAAUCCAACCCAACUGCUUCAACUUUAGCACCCACGUCACUAAGUGGUUUGCCGAGGAUCCCUCGCGCACGUACCACGACCUGGCUCAAUACUGGAUUGAUCAUGCCGUGCCUAUUUUCCAGAACUACAGCAAAGAACGCCGUCUGGUUAUGUGGGAGGACAUCGUGCUGUCCGCGGAAAAUGCACAUGAUGUGCCCAAGGACAUUGUCAUGCAGAGCUGGAACAAUGGCCUAGAGUACAUCUCGAACUUGACAGCUCGAGGCUACGACGUCAUCGUGUCAUCCUCGGACUUCAUGUAUCUGGACUGUGGCCAUGGAGGCUUCGUCACCAAUGACGCGCGGUACAAUGUGAUGUCCAACCCGGAUGCAAACACCCCUAACUUCAACUAUGGAGGCAAUGGAGGAUCGUGGUGCGCCCCUUACAAAACCUGGCAACGUAUCUACGAUUACGACUUCACUUUCAACCUCACGGAGGCGCAGGCCAAGCAUGUCAUUGGCGCGACGGCUCCUCUCUGGGGCGAGCAAGUUGACGAUAUCAACGUCUCCAGCAUGUUCUGGCCCCGUGCUGCAGCCCUAGCCGAGCUGGUCUGGUCCGGAAACCGCGACGCUGAUGGCAAGAAACGCACUACGGAGCUGACGCAGCGUAUUCUCAACUUCCGCGAAUACCUAGUUGCGAAUGGUGUUCAGGCUCAAGCACUAGUUCCGAAGUAUUGCCUGCAACAUCCUCACGCUUGCGAUCUCUACCGAGACCAAACUGCGAUUCAGUCAACGUAG